AUGUGAACGCACAGAAUAGCAGAAUUCUUAUUCAAUGUGCUCCCGGAUAUACCAACACAAAUAUUCAAAUGUCGAAUGGCGUAGAAACGACAGUGUCCGGUGAUCUUCCGAUGUACAAAGUCGAAUUAAAAUUUAAACCGUCUUCUGACAAUAGUAAAGAACAUGUCAUUAAGGUUCUUGGCGGGUCGGACAAAUUAUCCCCAGAUGAAUUUUUUGUGAGAACAAGAUAUCAUCAAACUGUUUUUGAUACGAUGCUCAUCGCUCAUUCUACUGGAGAUUUUUGUCUCAUUGGCGAAAAGGGAGUUGGAAAAAGUGUCCUUAUUAGAUAUUUUGCAAAGAACCUUGGUUACAAAAUUGAGUAUAUCCCAUUAUAUAAGGAUAUGUCGGCGCGUGAUCUUUUACAACGCAGGGGUACCACAUCUUCGGGUGAUACUACCUGGGAAGAUUCGCCUCUGGUGAAGGCAGCGAUUGCGGGUAACAUAGCCUUAAUGGAUGGAAUCGAUACAUUAUCGUACGGUGCUCUGGUUACCUUGCAACGAUUAGUAAAUGAACGCGAGAUGACGCUUCCUAAUGGGAAGCAAUUAAUUCAUUCAAUGAGGUAUAAGAAAUUGAUAGAAAAGCAUGGAUUUACAGAUGAGACAUUAAGAAGCAAAGCCAUAUUUCCUGUGCAUCCUGCUUUUCGGAUUGUAGCAUCGGGAAGGCCUCAGAAUAGUGUUGAAGGAAAGCAGGGAUCAUGGCUUUCGCCAGAGAUCGUAUCAAUGUUUCAAUUUGUUGUUGUCCUUCCACUGGAUCAUCAGGAAGAAGUUCAAGUUCUCAAAACGCUAUCUCCCGGGAUCAACGAUGAUAGGCUUGCCUUGCUUUUGAACUUUGCCAACCAUCUUCGAAAUUCUACUGACGAAACAAUAGGCUCACUAUCCGACUCUUUGUCUACACGGCAACUCAUCCGAAUAUGUCGUCGUCUCACCCUUUUCCCAGACGAGAGCCUCUAUCAAGCUAUCCACAAGGUUUCUCUUUCCCGAUUUCUUCCGUCGUUGGUCAGAUCCGCAUUGGAAGAAUUGAUGAUAAAAAAUGGAAUCUUACCACCAUCCGAACCAGUUAAUAUUGAACGGUUAAAAAUCGAGGUACUCCCUUCACCCGAUGAUCCUCAAAUACUUUGUAUCGGGGGUGUGGAGCAACCAAUAGCAGAAGGAUCGAAUUCACUUUUAAUCCCAGACGUUGUUUUUCAUGAAAAUCCCAAGCAAACAGAGAUUCUCAUGCAAAUGUUGCAGGAUUAUCAAUUAGGUGAACAUUUGUUGUUGAUCGGAAAUCAAGGAGUUGGAAAGAAUAAGCUAGCAGAUUACUUCUUGCAACUGUUGAAAUUGCCCAGGGAAUAUAUUCAGUUACACCGUGAUACCACAGUACAAAAUUUGACUGCCAUGCCAUCAAUAAUAGAUGGAAUAUUACAAUAUGAUGAUUCCCCUUUGGUUGUGGACGAAGCUGACAAAGCUCCCACUUAUGUCACAGCAGUGCUCAGGAAUCUUUUGGAGGAUGGCCAAAUG